UAAACAUCUUCUACCACCUCAAAAUCUCUCUCUCUUUGUACUAAAAAGAAAUGGAUAAGAUGAUUGCUUUCAAAACCAUUCAAACCUCUUUCACUGCUACUACCAAACAUGCAUUUUUCCACACAGCAAGACCCUCCAACACAAAGAAUUCUUUCCUGUGUCUCAGCAAGCCCAAUGAUGACUCCAAUUCAGAAGCUUCUUCACCAGAAGGAGAUACCCGUAAGCAAGAUCUUCUUGCCAGAAUUGCAAUGCUUCAAGCUCAAAAAGUCCGUCUCACCGACUACUUAGAUGAAAGGUCAGCUUAUCUAGCAGAAUUUGGUGAAGAAACCAACGCUGAAUUCGACAAGAUUGGAGAAGAUGCCCUCAAAGGACUUGAUGAAGCUAGUUCCAGGAUAAUGGGGAAUAUAGAGAGCCGCAUGCAAGCUUUUGAGGAAUCUGUAGAAUUGAACAAGCUGGAGAUUGUGGAGAAUGAAAACAAGUUAGAAGAGUUUGAAGAUCAGAUUGAGAAUGAUAGGAAUGAAUGGCUUUUCUUCAAGAACCUGAGGCAGAGCACACCUGCAGAUAAAGCAAAAGCUAAGGAGGAAACAGAGAAGAUAAAAGAGGUUACUAAAGAGAGCGCUGGAUCAGAAACUAGGAGGAAAAUUUACCUUGCAUUAAUAGGCCUUAUAGUAAUUAGCAUAGCUGAUUCUCUCUUGUCUUCUUCGUCUGACUGGAGAAAGGUUGCAGUUUUAGGAGCAAUUCUAGUGGCUUUGCUUUCGCAGUUCAUCUAUGAGCAAAGGAUGUCAUCAGAGACAGAAAAUACAGAAAAGGGAAAGACAGAGGAAGAAAAGAAGUGAAUAUUAUUUGCUAUGUUCUAUUAAUUUUGUGUGUAAAAAUUUUAGCCAUAAUUGUAUCAACUGAAUAUUAUGGCAUCAUACAACAACCCCAGGUGAAAACUUACAACUUGGGUCUGAUACAUCAAGCUGUAACUGAUUUUGGUAAUGUCACUAAAAUCACCAAACCCCGUGUAACUUACUUAGCAUAUCUGAUGCUUUAUGAGCAUUUUUCCAUUGUAAAAUUAACACACAAAAUAGUUAAAAUGAUUUCUCAUCA